CCCAGUCUCUGAAACGUUUACACUCUACUACCACCUGAAUGUCCCUCCAAGUCAACCUAUCGAGCAGAGAUAUACUGCAGGCGUACCAGGAUGUCUUGAACUCAAGAGGGAUUGAUUGGGCGUUGUUCGCAUACGAGAAAGGGUCGAAUGACCUGAAAGUGCAAGCCACGGGAAGCGGAGGGCUCGAAGAGCUUGAGGAGGAGUUCUCGGAUGCUCGAUUGCAAUAUGCGUUUGCACGAGUAAAAGAUCCCAACAGCGAGCUGUCCAAGUUCGUUCAGAUCAACUGGUGCGGCGAUGGUGUACCACAGGCACGCAAAGGUCUCUUCUACAGCCACUCGACUGCCGUUGCCAACUUCCUGCGCGGUACACACGUCGUUAUCAGCGCACGCAAUGAGGCCGACGUGUCCCCUGCACUAAUCAUGUCGAAAGUCGAAGCUGCAUCUGGAGCCAGGUACUCGGCCCACAGGGAGGCCCCUCGCAGAGUCGAGGCGAUCGCGCCUGUUGGCACCAACUACAUUCCAGUCGGCCGUCCCGAUAUCGAUGCGAUGCGUCGUUCCGGCGCACCAGCCUCUGUCCCCGCACCACCUGUAGCGGCUCGCCCGCUGCCUCCGCCUAGUGCGCCAAGGUCGAUAGCUAUAGCAUCGUCAUCUGCACCCGGCUUAGGCAGGGUACCGGUCGCUGGCGGUGGCAGGGUUCCUGCGCCAGACGACGCUUGGGAUGCACCCGCCGUCAACAAACCUCCACCGCCUCCUGCUGCUAGCAGACCUCCGGUCGUGACUAUGAGUAGGCCCACGCCUUCGCCCGCUGUUGCCGCUACGCCACCUCCACCCCCGCCCUCUGCGAAUGCGCCAACGAAACCCGCAGAGGAUGAUCGUAUUGGUCCAGUCGGCACCGCCUACACCCCGAUUAAGCUGCAGCCGAAGAAACUCGUCAAUCCUUUCGCUGCGAGGGAAGCGCAGACGACCACCGAGGCCGCACAGCCGAAAACCAGUUUUUCAGGUGCGGGCAAGAAGCUGACCUGGAGCGAACGCCAGGCUCUCGCGAAGAAGCAGGCUGAAGAAGAAGAGACACAUAGCAGGGCUGCGUCAUACCAGGCUCCUGCUGUUACGACCCCAACUCGCUCAUUCGGCGGUGUACCUCCCCCGCCUCCACCUCCGGCCGCUGCCCCGGAACCUGAAGAGGAAGAGGAAGAGCCGUAUCCUCCGCCGCCUCCGCCGCCGCCUCCGCCUAUGGCUACUCGCCCAAGUGCGCCUACCGUCGAGGUGACUGUGCCUCCGCCUCCGCCUCCGCCCCCGCCUCCGCCCCCAGCAGCGGUGCCUGAGCCUGAACCGGAACCGGAAGAAGAAGAAGCAGCACCCCCUCCCCUCCCCCACCGCCGCCGCCGCCGCCGCCCGUAUCCCCCGCCAGCUCCCUCUGCUUUCCAUGCACCGCAGCCUGAGCCUGAGCUGGAGCCGGAGCCUGAGCACGAACCUGAGCACGGGCAUGCCCCAGCCACUGCAGGGCCUGUGCACGGCAAAGGCGUAUGUGCUAUCGUGCAGUUCGAAUAUGAGGCCCAGGAGGAUAACGAGAUGGCGCUCACCGAAGGCGAGCUCAUCGAGCAGAUCGAGCAGCUUGACGAAGGUUGGUGGCAGGGUGUCGGGCAGGGUGGUGCGAAAAGCGGCCUCUUCCCCGCGAACUACGUGGAGAUCGUAGAGAGCGCCGAGGCCCCCGAAGAGCCACCUCACUCGCCCUCGCCGCCGCCUCCGCCGCCGCCACCCCCACCGCCACCCCCAGCGGCCGAGCCCGUCGCACCUGCUCCGCCGCCGCCACCACCUCCCCCUCCUCCUCCAGCGGCUGCUCAUGCAGACGAAGGCACUGUGGCUAUCGCCUUGUACGACUACGAGGCCGCAGAGGACAACGAGCUAUCGUUCCGGGAGGGCGAUAAGAUCAUCGAGAUUGAAGCUGUCUCGGACGAUUGGUGGCAAGGCAAAGAUGCCCAUGGCAACGCAGGCUUGUUCCCUGCGAACUACGUCGAGGUUCAGGGCGAGUGAACGCGCGCGGAAGAACGCUUGUAUUAAGGGGCAGUGGAUAAUACGAAAGGCGGAAUAGGGAAGUAGAAUUGAAACGAAUGAGUGAUGUGUAGAGUAAGGUAUCGUAUCUUUUGAAAUAUUGAAUCGUAGAGUCGACCAUCGUCCUUUGGGAGCUGUGAGUGCUGAAAACGACGAGGUUGCAC